ACGGGAUUCACAUUUUCGAAAAAAUAAUAUUUAUGGACCCCUUGGCUUAGUCAAAUUUAGAGUCCAAAUUUUGUGUACGGUCUGAGUUUUUAAGUUCUGAAAGUAGAACGGAGUUUCUCAGCAAGGAAUGGAUUCUUCAGGAUCCAAUAUCCAUAGAGAUGCAGAUUCACUGAGUGUGUAUGGCUCUGGUGUAACAGCAGUUCUCAACUCAAGCUCAGAUCCAGAUACACAGUCAGGGGAUUGGACACAGGCCAUAUACGAUGUUCGCUUCACUUCCAAUGGAAAGUAUGUGUCAGGAUAUGUGGACGGCUCUCAGGAACUGAUGCAUGUUUUGGAAAAUUACCGAACCAACACUUCCACAGGAUUUUCUAAUGCGCAGAGCUUAGCAGUAGCUCUAAAACCAAUUGAUGAGACACAACUUCGUACAAGAUUCCUUUCUGUGUCUUCGAAACCUCGUCUCUUCUGGCAAAUGAAUGCUGGUGAACCUAAAAUCCCUUAUGAUGGUGUACCUUUCAUAUCAAUAGGCCAAAUAACAGAUCUACCUUGUGUUCGCUACGGUGGCAGGAGGAAAAAAAGCGAGCAAGUAACAUUGCCUUCUGGCGAUAUAAUUCCUGUUGAUUGUCGUCAAAAAGCUGGGUGUGAUGCAAAAAUCACCAUUAGGCGUGUUGCUCGUUAUCCUUCGGCUGCAUACGUAGAGCCGGCUGUGUCUCCAGGUGUUGGGCAGGUCCGUCGUUCUCGAAAGCUAAUUCUGGAUGAUCUCGGGGCAAAAAUUGCAUCUGGUGUCACGAAGCCAUCAGAACGUUACUUUGUUUUACUGCCAACACCCAUGGCUCAUUCUGGACAUGAGGUUGCUGAAAUAGAGUCAACUCCGCACAUUUCCCAACCUGUGUCGGAUGCGGUACUUUCUCAAUUGAGUAAUGGUGUGACUAACAUUGUUAAAAUACGCGCACACUGCAAAAGUAUUGUUAACAAUUUGCUUGGAACAGAGGCCUCUCUCCGUGCCAGUGAUAAAGCUUAUUUCCCGUCAGAAUAUGAUAUCUUUCGACAUGUUUACUGGCUAUAUAAAGCAGGACAAGUGAUUGAUCAGGAAGCAGCUCUUCAAGCAAGUAUGGGGACGAUUGAGUCGUUGGCACAGUCAAUAUCCACACCUCCACCCAAAGCUGACAAAGUUCCUGUCACUACUUCAGCUGAAGUAAUCAACAGUGUGUACAGCAUGAUAAUGGACGAUAGCUCUUCUAGUAGUGUAUCUGCACUAGGACAUCUUGGUGAUGACCUCGGUGCUGGGGAUAACACACUUGACUCUAUUGACACCACUUUGACUGGCAUGAGCUCCACUUCGUCUUCCAUUGCCACCAACCUCUCCCAGUUGGUGAAGAGAGCUGCACAGACCCCUAAAAGUACUCAAGCAACCCCACUGGCAAGCAAUAGGCCCACUGACUAUAUUGUAGAUGACAGUCCUGCUAUUAUACAGGCACAAAGAGAAGUACGUGAUAUGUUGCGAAUACUGGAGAACCAAACACAUGCUUGUUUGAAUGAAAGUGCACUCAACGGCCUCCGAAGGCAGCUUACUGAGUUAUGCAGUCAGUUCUCCAUGUAUCUAGCUGGUGUCCCCUCACCUCAAUUUGGACCACCUAGUAAGAAAAUCAGGCUAUGAGAAGUUAAUUUUCCAUGUGUACUUAGUGUAAUCAAGGGCAUACGCCCUUGGUGUAAUAAUUAUAUAGAUCUUUUUUCGCUAAUCAAAGUCAUGCAUCAUAAGUGAACUCUUUCAUAUUUUUUAUAAACGCAAUCUAUUUAAUUUAUAGUCGUGUGAAGGCUUCAAUAAAAUUAUAAUACAGUA